AUUUUCUGCACUUCUCUUUGCUUAUCACAAAUUUUAUAUUUUUACGGGCGUUGAUUCAAUUUUUUAUCGCUUUUGCGUCGAGAAGUUUUUGUCAAAACGCGUCUGCUACAGCAUAUAAUUAAAUCGUUGACUACUUCAACGAUUUCACAACGCCUUUCAACUUCAGCUGUGCAAUUAGCAAAUCAAAAAGCAAUGGUUAUCCAACACAAUGUUAAGGGUUAUGAGGAGUUCACCAAAUUGGUAGAGGAAUUGGAAUCGAAUGCCGAUGGACAACCGAUUCAUGUGCUCUUCAGCGGUGGCAAGGAUGAGAAUGGACAGAGCUGGUGUCCUUAUUGUGUGAAAGCUGAGCCGGUUGUGCAUGAUGCACUCCCCAAAGCUGCAGAAAAAUCGCAUUUUAUUCACGUGGAUGUUGGCGAGCGUGCAUAUUGGAAGGAUCCGAAUUGUCCUUUCCGCACUGAUCCCAGACUUAAAAUGGUUUGGGUGCCUACACUGAUGCGCUGGAAAACACCAUUACGCAUUGACAGUGAGAAUGUUACCAAGAAAGAACUUGUAGAUAUGAUCUUCGAUGAGCCAGUCGAACAAAAUUAGCUUUUACAUAUAAAAUAUGAUGUUGCCAAAAACCGAGCGAACAAAAAUUCAAUUUACGUUGUUUGAAGAAUUUAACUUCUUAAGCAAAAAAAUGUUUAAAAUGUGAUUAAUAUACUAUAUAUAUAUGAAGUAUUAGUGGAAGGCAAUUUAUAUGUAAAAUAUUUUAAUAAUAAAGCAUAAUUGUUUAUUACACAA